UUAUUGACCAUAUCUUCCAUAAAGUGUUUAAGAUCGUCCAAGAGCUUUUGUCCAGCAAACUAUAAGCAAGUCAGUACUAACUGUCUUUUUUGUUUUGUUUUGGCUUACUUGGGACUGGAAGUCUGAAAGUAGCUUCUUUCUCAACUCGUCAAAAGUACCGUUUUUCUUUAGUUGUAAUACGGCUUCUUCUGGUGUCAUGAUUGAAAUAAAGAACAAAAAAUCCUGGUAUCCACAGUCAUGGUCAAGGAUAGCGGGAAAACUUUAUGUCAGACCCUUCUCAAUGGCAAACCUCUUCACCGUCUGAUCAACAACACUAUGUUGACAUGAAUCAACACUAUUUAUACAAUCGAUCGUUUCCUUUACAACUUCGACCACUUCAACCUAAUCCGAAUCCUACAAGAGAACAUAAUUUUUAUCCUUUCUCAGUUGGCAGUACGACAGAAACAGAAAAAAAUAAAGAAGGCAAGCGUAUACGUGUUAGUCGUGCAUGUGAUGUAUGUCGACGUAGAAAAAUCAAAUGCGAGAACAUUGCACCUGGAGAAGCAUGUAAAAACUGUAAAGCAUCCAACAAUGAAUGUACAUUUAAAGACAGUGCAAAAAAGCGAGGACCACCUAAAGGGUAAUGAAGGUUUUUUUUAAUUAUAGAUAUACAUUCAAUUAACAGAGUAA